AGGAUUGUAAAUUUUUCGAAAGAAGAGAGAGGCGUGUGUGUGUUUUGCAUGGCUUUCCUAGCAAUCGAAAAGCGUCGAUACAUUUCCAGUCCCAAGUAUCCAAGUACCCUUCAUUCUCUCUUCCUUGCACAGAUUUCAAUUUGAUCCCUCUAAUGCACUUUCUACCUUUGCGUUAAUGAUUCGCAACUGUUUUCCAAUUGCUAUAAUAGACACUAAAAGGUUCCGGUCGAACGGCAUCGAUGUUUUCCACAUUAGCAAUAUUUUUUCUUUUUCUUUUCGACAUGUGAUAGAAAAUUUGUAACAUCUGCCAAUGCAAUUAAUUUGACAAUUGACGUCAAGUUGUACUUCUGAAAAGUAUCCAAAAACACGUUAGUGUUUUUCUUUUCUUAAAUUCAGUUUUUUCCCAAAUAAUUUUUCUACCAAAUAACUAUGAAGAAAAUCUUGGAAAAGUGUGCGUAAAAUACACUUAUGACUUCUGAUUGAUGUUUCACUUGAUUUGAUACGAUCCGAUAGUCAGGCUAAAUAUUCAAUUUGGAAUUUAGGUAUACGAACAGAAAGGAGAUACAUAACUAGACAAAUUGUGCAGAAAAAGUGAAAUGCACCCAUGUGAAAGAGUAUACGUCGUUACGCAUAAAUGUCGUAAUCUCAAUGUGAUACACAUUACAUUAGACUCGUCACGUGACGCGAUGGACUCUUCGGCUUUCCUCGAUUCAUCACGACGACGAAUUCGCAUUGCAUCAUCUAUCGAACAGGAGAUAAACGCGUAUAUGCACAAUAUCAAUCUGGAGUUUUCUCUUUCUCGCCAAUGGUUCCAUUAAUUUCGGAUUUGAAUCGAGCAGUGUGGAAGAAAAUCCUUCUCUCGCAUUAUUACGUAUUGAAUCCUUUUACGAGCAAAUCUAGCAUCGGUGAUUCGUUUGCGACAGAUGCGCACACUUUUCGAAAACUUGUUAAAAUCGCUGCGGCUCAAAAUUGGUCAAAGUUGGAGAGUUUCGUGAUGCAGUGAUUUGGAGAGACAGUGAUCCUCUUGCCUCUCACCCUACGAAGGAAAUGGACAAGGACAGGCAUGUACAAGUUGCAUCCCCGCCGGAUAGACGAGUCACGAGAGACGAUAUCGGGGUGGCCUCAGCCGGUGUAGCGGUGAAUAAUGCGGCUGCUACCGGCUGCAGCAGUGCAAGCGGCGCGGCAUCCUCGAGAUCGCGCAAUCCUUCCUCCUCCCCCGGUCGGAACGGCCAACUCUCCAAACAAGGCACUUUGACGAUAGUACGCCGAAGUUCCGGCAAAAGCAAAAGCAUCAGCGGUGGGAAUUUCGAAAGUUCUCCACCACCGCAUAAUCCCGAUACUUCGUAUUUGUCGAGUCAAUCCGUCGAUCUCGAAGAGAUCCUCGAUAAUGUCGAUCUAACGACGGAUUCGCUUCCUGCCGUUGACACACCCGAUGCAUGCGACAAAGCUGCCCUCAGAUUGAGGUGUUUAUUGAGGCAGCUACAACAUGGGGAGAUAUCCGCCGAAUUACUUCAACGAAACUUGCACUACGCAGCUCGCGUACUCGAGGCUGUUUUCAUCGACGAGACCAAGGUGAGUUCAGGCGGGAAUGAGUGCGCUCGGUCAUCACGUAGGGGGGCGGGCCUGACGUCUUCAUCCCUAGGGGGCGGCUUGGACUCAGACGGACCACAGGGCCACGCGGUGGUAACCCAGAAACGGAAGCUUCGCACCCCCAUAUGGGCAAGAGAUGCUGAGCGUGUGGAGUCAACCGCCAUAUGUCGUCCGGGUGUACGCCGUAGGCGACUGGCGGAUGAAGAUGACGAGCUGUCAGAGGUGCAGCCAGAUGCGGUACCACCGGAAGUGCGCGAAUGGCUAGCAUCGACUUUCACUAGGCAGCUCGCCACCACUAGGCGGAAAGCCGAUGAGAAACCGAAAUUUCGCUCGGUCGCCCACGCCAUCAGGGCAGGCAUAUUCGUCGAUCGGAUCUAUAGGAGGGUCACGAAUACCGCUCUCAUGCAAUUUCCGCCCGAAGUCGUCAAAGUACUUAAGACUUUAGACGAUUGGUCGUUCGAUGUAUUUUCCUUGCAUGAGGCCACUCUGGGUACGCCAGUGAAAUACCUGGGCUAUGACCUCCUCAAUCGAUAUGGUAUGAUUCACAAGUUUAAAGUACCUCCCGCAGUUUUGGAGUGCUUUCUCGGAAGAGUCGAGGAGGGUUAUUGCAGGCAUCGAAACCCAUACCACAACAAUCUCCACGCUGCCGAUGUUGCACAAACGAUGCAUUACAUUCUGUGUCAAACAGGUUUGAUGAAUUGGUUGACCGAUCUCGAGAUUUUCGCCACUCUCGUGGCAGCGAUUAUUCAUGAUUACGAGCAUACUGGGACCACAAACAAUUUCCACGUAAUGUCCGGUAGUGAUACAGCGCUCCUAUAUAAUGACCGAGCCGUGCUAGAAAAUCAUCACAUCUCAGCCAGCUUUCGAAUACUAAAAGAAGAUGAUUGUAAUAUACUGCAGAAUUUGUCAAGAGAGGAAUUUCGAGAAUUUCGAUCACUCGUCAUUGACAUGGUUCUUGCUACCGAUAUGAGUUUUCACUUUCAACAGCUAAAAAAUAUGAAAAAUUUACUAAGUUUGGCAGAGCCAAGCGUAGAUAAGAGCAAAGCUGUUAGCUUGGUCCUCCAUUGUUGCGAUAUUUCGCAUCCCGCUAAAAGAUGGGAUCUUCACCACAGAUGGACGAUGCAACUUCUUGAGGAAUUCUUCAGACAAGGUGAUAAAGAGAGAGAGCUUGGACUGCCAUUUUCUCCUCUAUGCGACCGCAAUAAUACGUUGGUAGCUGAAUCUCAAAUAGGAUUCAUAGAAUUCAUUGUCGAGCCUAGCAUGCAAGUAUGCAGUGACAUGCUGGAAACCGUUCUCGCACCGCUCAAUGUCAAGGAUACCGCGGACGAACCCAGCAAUGGUUCAGGAGAAGAAAAUAGGAGAUCUAAAAUUGGCAAACCUUGGAUCCCAUGUCUCGCAGAAAAUAAAAAAAUCUGGAAAGAACAUGCAGUACGAGAUGCAGAAGCCAAAGCACAAAAGGAACAAGAACAAAAGACUAGCAGCAAUCGCGAGGACGGUGGGGGAACGCAAGCUCCAGCCGAAGAAUGAAAGAUAUACCGGACAAUUAUAUUUUUCAAAAGUCUCUGUAAUUUUAGAUUACGCGCAAGUUCGUGAUCGCAUUGGAUGGCAUCUAUCAUAAGUUUACGGACUUGUUAUUACGCUUACGAAUGAUACGCCAAGCGUCAUUCGGUAGUACAAAUAGACAUACGGACAUUAGAUGAGUGGAAAUGACGAUCUAUAUACAAAAAUAUGCAUACAUCAAAUAUGUUGAAUAAUUUGUUUAGAUUGACACCAAAGACCCAAAUUAUGUACAGUCUUGGCCAAAAAUAUUUGCCACCUAUGUGAAACCUCAAUAACUUUAAAUUGUUUUACAUUCAGGUCAAAUAAGCAAUACUAGUGGGUGACUCAUUUUUUUAUAACGAUUUAUGGUGUAUCACACAGUACUAUGAGGGCAUUUUUGCCAUUUGUCUUUUAUUUCUUCUUCCUCAAAAAGUAAUUGUAUUUUCAAACAUUUAGCUAAAUUCGCACGUUUUAAGUUGGAGAUUAUUGAGCAAUGUGCAUACUUGGAGCGUCCGCAGUAAACCAAACACAAGCAAAAUUCAAAUUUUAUGAUGUGAUACUUUGUUUAGGUUUAGGUUAUUCAGUUUAACGUGUAGAUACGUAAGAAACCAGUUGGGUAGAGUCAAAAGAAAUUACAUUUCUAAGAAUGGAAGGGGUGGCGAAUACUUUUGCCCAAGGCUGUAUUUGUCCUGCUAUUUCUAUAUAAUAUUUCUAGAAUAUUUCUUAACCAAUUGUUUUCUACUAUUCCAUAUGUAAUACUAUUUGAUCUCAUUAUAUUAUAGUUACAAUGCUCCUCGAAAUAGUCACCGUCAAUGUACAAUGAUUAGACGUCAUUUCCUGUUAAUUUCAAAGACUCCUUAAGAUCCAUUUUUGUGAAAGUUUCGAAUUUGUAAGAAAAAUAUUUACGAUCGAUGAUUUGUCAUCUUAAAAUUCCUCUAAAUUAUUUAUGUUAUUAAUUAUUUAUAUUAAAUUAUUUAAAUGAAUAAUUACAUGUAUAGUAUACACAUGUAUAUAUAUAUAAUAUACAAUAGAAGAAUUGAUAAAAGAACAACAUGAAUUGUAGAUCGUGAAUUAUAUUACGAUCGUUCGAUAUAAAGAAUGAAUCAUUUGUACUCUUUUAUUAAUUUAAAUUAAACGGGAGAAAAAUUGGUGUAACACAGCUGGAUAUAAAAUUACGAGUAUAUAUUGUGGAAGGCAUACAUUUCGCAGAAGGAAAGGGCCAUCCCUAAAUACAAUGUACGCAUCGAGUGACAAAAGAGAAACUUAUAUUUGCUGAUAUCAAUAAGUUUAAGAAUCCUCGUUAGCAGUUGUUUAUUUCAAGGUGUGUUUCUGUCAACGCUACAUAUGUAAAUGUUAUUUAAUCCAUCGAGCAAAGUCUAUCGGCUUUUUGAUAUCAAAUGAAAUAAUUAAAUCAUAUAUUUUCAGAAGAACAAUAUAUAUUUAUAACCAAUAUUUUUUCUCAAAACUUGAAAAAAUCUAACUGACGCAAAUCACACAAUAUAAAAUGUCUUCUUUUACUUGGAUAUAUUUUUGAAACAAUAUUAUAAUUAUCGACGGUGAUUAGACUUGUAUUUAUUGGCUAAGAAUCUCAGAAACACAACACAGCAGGUUUUUUGUUACUAUUUAUUGACACGUGUCGCACAAGAAUACGAAUAUUGCACAAGAUAUAAUAUUUUUCUUACAAUCUUUUUCAUUUAUCUUUAUUAACGAAAAAGAGAUUCUUUGCGAAUAAUCGGGACCUGCGAUUUUCAAUGCGAUCUUUGCAAAUGUAGAGUGUAAAAUAUUACUUGUGACGGGUUUGGGUGAAAACUUGGAAACGUCGAUCUUUUUCGUUCGCGUUUAUUAAAAGUCGCAGCAAAAAGAUCUAUGGGAACGAAGUAUCCUUGUACAUACCGUUUGUUAAAUGUGUAUUCGUAUACACGUACUGGUUCAGCUUUAAUGUGUGUGUAUGUAAUGUAUAAAGAGAAACAAAUAACAGGAUACAGCUAAUGUUUAAUCAACGUAUGUUUAAUACAUACUGCGUAUUUCAUGUAUAUGUAUAUAUACAAAAGAAAGAGAAAGAAAACGUUAUUUUGUUCAACUCCUCGCGAUAUCGCGGCUAUAGAAUAUACAUGUUAGCGCGUGUUAGCAACGCACACGUCCGUAUUCAAGAUUGUAAUUAAACAUAUCCAUAAACGAAUGCGCGUUACAAAACGCAUAAAUUCUUGAUAUAAUGACAAAUAGUUAUCAUUACAUCAAUGCAUCAUUAUCAUCCAAUGUCAUACGCGUAAAGGAAUCGGACACUUCGGUAUAAUAAAAGAUUUACAAUUUUUUCUCUUUUCUACUUUUUAUCGCGUAUAGAAAACAUUGCCGCUACUGCAGACCUUUAUUUUAUAUACGAUUUAUAGUUGCACAUAAAUUUAUUAUUUUUAUUAUAUGUUCGCGCACUUACUUAGUACUUUGUUACUUGUGAUUGAUGGUGUCAUGUUAGUUAUAUCAUAAGAAGAAAUAGUAAUUUUACUUCUGCAGAGCUUUUUUAUAUUGUGGUUAAAAGAAUAUCUAAAUUGUUUUUAUUUGUUUAUUAAAUUUAUAAUAAAUGAAAAAUGAAAGUAACUACCGAAAUUGAAUCCGAUUCUCUGUACGUGGCAAUAAUUUGAGGUAAGGCUCUAUGGAAAAAUCGCUAUAUAUACAUAUGUGUGUGUGUGUGUGUGUUUUGAUAUGUGCACGUAUGCUCGCGCGCCGCACACACACACACCUAUAUAUAUAUACAUAUUCAUAUAUAUAUACAUAUAUAUUGUGUAAAAUAGAUCAUAGAGCUAGCAGAUUUUUCGAGUGGAACGUUUUAUCGUCACAGAGAUAUUAUAUACAUAUAUCGCGAUAUAUAGAUGUAUAGGAUAAUCUCACUAUUUCGAGAUUGAACAUAUCCGUCCUGUAUUUAUUUAAUUUCCGUCAUUCAAUCGCGCGCGUGCGCAUGAAUUCGCGUUACUGCUAUGGAACAAAUGUUUCGUGCUAUUAAUAUAAUAGAUAAAGUUUA